AUGAAGAAAAAGAACGUCGACUGGAAGAAAGUCGACGCCCUGAUGGACAACACCUUUUCACUGAGGAGGAUGGAAGUCAUCAAGGAGGAGCCUUUGGUCAAAGAUGUCAAAACCAGAUGGCCAGCGUUUUUCACAGAGCGCCAGAUUGAAGCAGAAUUCAGACGGAUUGUCUCAAAGAACCUGCAGCAAUCAUUUUUUGGCGGCCUGGAUGAGAUGGUCCCGAAAUUCCUGCGUCUUUACAGACAGAGGCAGUCUGUGAAGGAACUUCCGGCUUUCCUCAACUCUCUGGAUGAGGACAACUCGAAUCAACAGAAGAGAGCAGUUGUUCUCCUUGCCCUGCCCCAUUUUCUGAAGGAGGACCCUUCCCAGUUCUUCAAAAUCUGUAAACCAAAUGAGGAGAGUGAAGCUGUCAAGGGAAUGCACGUGGGAAUCCUCAUCCUUACAGAGAAUGCACAGCGCCCUGUCCCCAAGGAGGUGAUCGAUGUUGCACUUGCACUGGAGGAGGAUGUCAUUCUCCGAAACCUGAAAGAUGUGCCUCACGCGUUUUCGUUGCUGAUGGGUUUGCUUUAUGGUCUCAACAUCCACUACCCAAAAGGACUCAGAUACAUGUUCGAGAUCAUACAAAAGGUGGUAAUGAAGAUUGGCGCAGAGUCUUGCUCCUCAAGAGUUAAUGGUGUCUGGAACAGGCUCAUGUCCACACACUUGUGAUUGCACACGCAUCUUUGAGUGGAGUUGUAUGUUCUCAGUUGUAUGCCGUUUUCUCUCCUUUAAGUGGUUUAGUUGCUUAUACUUUUAAGUUUGAAAGGUGAGGGUAGCAACUCUGUUCAAAUGACUGGAAUUUUCUAUGUUGGUUUUUCUGGCCCUUGUAGAUGUGUAUUUUGUACAUAAACUGGAUGUGUAUGGUAGUUUGGGUAAGUGAACCAAAAGAUAUACUGACAUCACUCACACUGGUUGGCAGACGUUGACAGACGUGAACACAGCAGCAGUAAUAGUGAGGCUUACGUUUUUGUUUUCUUUUAAUGUCUCAGAUAGAUGUGACUACCAACUUAUGCUUAAUUGCGACUGACUUAAACAUGUUGGCUUACACACACACACACACACACACACACACACACACACACACACACACACACACACACACACACACACACACACACACACACACACACUACACUAGACUAGAGACACUCAGACACACUCACAGAUGGACUGACGGCCAGACACUCAGAUAGAUGUAGAGAGACAGGCGAACUCUGAUCAGUCAUGCACAAACAGUAACAGUGACUUGUGUUAAAUGUUUUGUCAUACCCCAAGUGAUGAUGCACUGGUCAACUUUUUGAGCAAUGUUGCCUGGCAACAUGAUUGUCCACUGCUGAUUCAAGUUCUCCUUAUCAAGGUCCUGUAUUGAUAAACCGCCCAAAUAACAUUUUGCUGUAUUGUUUCUCAAAAGCAUUGCUCAAAAAGUCAUCACCUUUACCCACUAAUGCCAAAGAUACUUUUGUGUUUGAGAGAUGAGGGUCGCAACUGGUUCAAAUGGCUUUGGAGGUUGCCAUGUUGUUUUGAUCACCUUUUGUAGAUAUACUGUACAUGCACUUAAUCUUUUGAUUGGUCGGCAAACGCUGAUGCAGACGUGGCUUAAGAAAUUACUGUUUUAUUGCCUCUUGUAGACAUGUAUAGUACUGUACAUGCGCUAUAUUUAAGAAUUGCUAGUGUAUCUUCAGCACCUUUAUGGUAUAUUGUUUUCAGAAAAUAUGUUUUAUUUUUGCCACUGUUUGUCCUACACAACCAAGUGUCUUGUACAGUGAAAGUUUACAGUAAAAGUGUGAAAUAAAUGUUGGUUGUUAUUCAUCUCAUAUGAGUGAGUCUUAUGUAAUUUUACACUGUACACCUAAAAAG